GCUCCCGGGGCCUUCCCCCCUCGGGGGGCUCGGCCCGCCCCUUUCGCGGGGCGCUGUGGGAAGGGCGGGGGCGGGGCCCGGGGGUCGCAGAGCCCCAGCCGGGGCUCGGGCAGCUCUCGCUGCCCCCGGGCUCCUCUGGCGCCGGGGCUCCCGUGUUCCCUCGGGCGGUCGCAGCUCUGGGGCUGUCUCAGCCCCCCGGGCAGGCGUGCUCUGGCGUUUAGAGAAGCGGAGGCGUUGCCUGAGAGAUGGGUAUUCUUGCUGUACUUGCUGUACCAUUGCUUCUUUUAGGGAUAAGUGGAAUAAUUUAUAUUUACCAGUCAGUCAAGUGGCUAUUGUCCAAGUCAGCUGUGCAAAACAAGGUUGUGGUGAUCACAGAUGCCAUCUCUGGACUGGGCAAGGAAUGUUCUCGGGUGUUUCACACAGGAGGAGCAAAGCUUGUGUUGUGUGGCAGGACAUGGGAGAAGUUAGAAGCCUUGUAUGAUGCUUUAAUUAGUGUGGCAGACCCCAGUAUGACGUAUGCACCAAAGAUCAUACUUCUGGAUAUCUCAGACGUAAACAGCAUUCAAGAUGUAGCUAAGGAAAUCCUGAAUUGCUAUGGCUGUGUGGAUAUACUGAUCAACAACGCAAGUAUGAAAGUGAAAGGAGCAGUGCAGAGCAUUUCACUUGAACUUGAUAAAAAGAUAAUGGAUGCCAACUAUUUUGGUCCUAUAACCUUAAGCAAAGCCAUUCUUCCCAACAUGAUCUCAAGAAGAACUGGCCAAAUUGUUUUAAUUAAUAGUAUCCAAGGAAAAAUAGGAAUCCCAUUUCGUGCAGCUUAUGCUGCUUCUAAGCAUGCUGCUGUAGGCUUUUUUGAUUGUCUUAGAGCCGAAAUGGAAGAAUUUGAUAUUUCUGUCAGCACUGUAAAUCCAACGUUCAUCUGUGCAUACCAUCGCCAACCAGCACCUGGCAACUGGGAGGCAUCUAUUUGGAAGUUCUUUUUCAGAAAGGUGGCAUAUGGUGUGCACCCAGUGGAGGUGGCAGAGGAAGUCUUGCGCACAGUGAGCAGUAAGAAGCAGGAGGUGCUUAUGGCCAACCCUCUCCCCAGAGCAGCAGUUUACAUUCGCACCUUCUUACCUGAGCUGUUUUUUGCCAUUGUUGCCUCGGGGAUUAGGGAAAAGCUGAAGAUUGAAGAGGAAAAUUGAUUUUGUUUGUUUCUUUUCCCGGCUUUCGACCUGAAAAAAUGUUUAUGUUUCAAAUGUCAAUGAUUUCUGCUUCUCACUAUGGGUAGAAUAAAGCAGGAGAAUUUAUUGAACGUGAACCAGCCAAUGUCUCACUUAGUG